UCUCUCUCUCUCUCUCUCUGUGAAAAUCUCUCUCCCUCCCAUGUCGACCAUGUCACGAACCCUAAACCUCUGCGGAGUCCUCUCCGAGGCAAAACGCAUAAUCAACGCCCACUCUCGCCACUUCUUAUCCCUCUCUGUCCUCUUCCUGUUACCUCUCUCUUUUUCUUUCUUUAUCUACCCUACCCUUCAAUCCACCCUCUUCCAAGGCGACAUCGAUUACACCCAAUUCCUCCUCCGAUUGUCCUCCGACCUCCACUAUCCCCCCUCUAAAACCCUAAUUCUUUAUCUCAUCUACGCCUUCUUCGUCGUCUUCCUUUCCCUCUGUGCCUCAGCAACAAUCACUUACAGCACCUUCCAUGGAUUCUACGGUAGACCUGUCAAGUUCAUGUCCGCCAUCAAGUCGCUCUUCCACUCAUUCGUACCUCUUGUGAUUACAAUGGUGGUUUCAAAAACAAUUGCUGUAUUGAUGUGUUUGAUUUUUGGCCUUUAUGUCGUUUUAGUGUAUAGAGGGCUUCAGAUUUUAGGGUUUGAAAUCGAUUAUAAUUCGAGUUAUUUUAUUGGGUUUUGCGUAAUCGUUGCGAUAUUUCUUGGGUUGGUCUUAAUCUGGUUACACGUGAAUUGGGCAUUGGCUAGUGUAAUUGUGGUGGUGGAAUCAAAAUGGGGGAUUGAGCCGUUGCGGCGAAGUUUUUAUUUAUUAAAUGGGAUGAGAUGGGUUUCGUUGUCGUUGUUAUUGUAUUUUGGGUGUUUGAUUGGGUUACUGACUUGGGGAACGAUGCCGGCGGUGUAUUACGACGGAGUUAGUGGGUGGAGAAGUUGGUUGUUCAUAUUGCAGACGGUGGUAGGUUCGAGUUUUGUGACAUUGUUGAUGCUUCACGUUGUGGCGGCACAUGCGGUGUUGUACAUGUAUUGUAAGGCUUUACAUGGUGAAUUGGCUUUUGAUAUAGCUGAGGAGUUUGCUCACGAAUAUGUUAGCUUGCCUUUCGAUGAUGAGAAGGUCCCUCAUGUUGUUCAUGUCGUUCAAAUCCAACCUUGAGGUUAGCUAGCUUGCCUUGCCAUGUCUCUGCAUUUACUUUGUAGUUCUUGGGUUUCUCUUUGUUGAUGUAAUAUAAUAUAUGUAAUCAAACCUAUAUGCCUUUUGGAGGUUACAAGACUUGUAGAUACUUUUGGAUAUCUGUCAAGUGUCAGAUUAUUACUAUAAUCUUUUCUGAAGUUGGGCAUUGCUGCUCAUAUGGAAUAUUUUCGCUUCAAUAUGUAAUAUGUGAUUAGCAAAAUGGGAUGAGUACAUAUACAUGGAAUUAGGUGUGUUGCAGAUAUGUAAUGUGUGAUUAGUG